AUGUCAACGACCACUGGAGCGUUUAUCGCCGGAGGUAUCGCCGCUUGCGGUGCGGUUACCGUCACCCACAGCUUUGAAACUGUGAAGAUCCGUUUGCAGCUUCAGGGUGAACUCCAAGCGAAGAACGAGGCGGCGAAGAAGUACAAGGGUGUCUUGCAUGGCGUCAAGGUUAUUCUCCAGAACGAAGGUGCGCGCGGUCUGUUCCGCGGAAUUGGAUCUGCGUAUAUCUACCAGGUCCUGCUCAACGGCUGCCGGCUGGGGUUCUACGAGCCGAUUCGCGCCAACCUCACAAACGCCAUCUACAGUGAUCCAAAGGUCCAGUCCCUUGGUGCCAAUGUUGUUGCAGGUGCUGCAUCUGGUGUCAUCGGUGCUGCGGCGGGCUCACCGUUCUUUUUGGUCAAAACCCGUCUGCAAUCCUACUCGCCUUUCCUUCCCGUUGGUACUCAGCACAACUAUAAGAACUCGUUUGAUGGCCUCAGCAAGAUCUAUAACAGCGAGGGUGUCAAGGGUGUAUAUCGAGGAGUUGGAGCAGCUAUGAUCCGUACCAGUUUCGGCAGUGCUGUCCAACUUCCCACGUACUUCUUUGCCAAGCGCCGCCUGACUAGGCACUUGGGCAUGGAAGAAGGCCCCGCUUUGCACUUGGCCAGUAGUGCUGCUUCGGGCUUUGUUGUGUGCUGCUUCAUGCAUCCUCCUGACACCAUUAUGGCUCGCAUGUACAACCAGACCGGUAAUCUCUACCAGGGCGUCUUCGACUGUUUGUUCAAGACAAUCCGCACGGAGGGUGUGCUUGCCAUUUACAAGGGAUUCUUUGCCCAUCUUGCGCGUAUCCUUCCCCAUACCAUCUUGACCCUCAGUUUGGCGGAACAGACCAACAAGUUGAUGCGCCGCGUCGAAGAUCGGAUUUUGCCAGACUCGUUCCGUGACAAGAUUUAA